CUGAGCAGAGUAGGAUAAGGACACACGUGGGUUGCUGCUGUGUUAGAAGGUAAGUGUGCUGCAGAGAUGGCCGUAGCAGUUCUGUUGAUUGGCAGUGGUGGCAGGGAGCAUGCCUUGGCAUGGAAGCUGGCACAGUCUGCCCAUGUGAAGCAAGUCCUUGUGGCACCCGGAAACGCUGGCACUGCUAACAAUGGGAAGAUCACGAACUCUGAUGUCCCAGUUGAAGACCAUGCCCAGGUUAUACAGUUCUGCAAAAACCACAACAUAGGUUUGGUGGUUGUUGGGCCAGAAGCUCCUUUAGCUGCAGGCCUUGUGGAUGACUUGACGGUAGCUGGAGUGAGAUGUUUUGGUCCCACAGCGAAGGCUGCUCAGCUGGAAGCCAGUAAAAGUUUUGCCAAAGAUUUUAUGGACCGCCAUGGCAUCCCUACGGCUAAGUGGAAAUCCUUCACUGACCCAAAAGAAGCUUGUGACUUUAUCACCAGUGCCAACUUCCAGGCCCUGGUGGUCAAGGCGAGCGGACUGGCCGCUGGAAAGGGAGUGAUUGUGGCCAGCAGCAAGGAAGAGGCCUGUAAAGCUGUUAAUGAGAUUAUGCAGGACAAGGCGUUUGGAGAAGCUGGGGAGACUGUUGUAGUGGAAGAAUUGCUGGAGGGUGAAGAAGUGUCUUGCCUGUGUUUCACAGACGGGGUCACAGUUGCCCCUAUGCCUCCAGCCCAGGAUCACAAAAGACUGAUGGAUGGGGAUCAAGGCCCUAACACAGGGGGGAUGGGAGCUUACUGCCCUGCACCUCAGAUAUCGGAGGCAUUACUUGCGGAAAUCCGGGACACUGUGUUGCAGAGGGCUGUGGAUGGAGUUCGGAAAGAUGGAACGCCAUAUAUUGGCGUUCUCUAUGCUGGUAUUAUGCUUACUAAAGAUGGGCUUAAGGUGCUGGAGUUUAACUGCCGAUUCGGAGAUCCGGAGUGUCAGGUGAUACUUCCACUUCUUCAGAGUGACUUGUAUGAUGUUAUCCAGGCUACUCUAGAUGGGCACCUCGUGGGUUCUAUGCCGGUGUGGCUGCAGGACCAUGCUGCAGUCACUGUAGUUAUGGCUAGCGGGGGUUAUCCUGGUAGCUACGCCAAAGGCCUGGAAAUCACAGGGUUCUCUCAAGCCAGGGAUCUUGGUCUGGAGGUGUUUCAUGCUGGCACAGCUCUGAAGGAUGGAAAGGUUGUUACCAGUGGUGGACGGGUUCUCACGGUCACCGCCAUCAGGAAGGAUUUGAUAUCUGCCCUGGAGGAAGCCAACAAAGGAGUAGCUGUUGUGCAGUUCUCUGGUGCGAUAUACAGAAAGGACAUUGGUUACCGAGCGAUCGCUUAUCUCAAGCAAAACAGGCCCCUGACUUACAAAGCCAGUGGUGUGAACAUAGAGGCUGGGAACAGUCUGGUGCAGAAAAUUAAGCCUUUUGCUGCUGCCACUGCUAGACCAGGAUGCAAUGCAGAGCUUGGAGGAUUUGCUGGGCUGUUUGACCUUAAAGCGGCAGGAUUUACAGACCCCAUUCUGGUGUCUGGGACAGAUGGUGUUGGAACAAAACUCAAGAUUGCACAGGAGUGUAACAAACAUGACACCAUUGGACAGGACCUGGUUGCCAUGUGUGUCAAUGACAUCUUGGCACAGGGAGCAGAACCCCUGUUCUUCCUGGACUACUUUGCUUGUGGGGCCCUAGAUGUGUCCGUGGCAUCCUCUGUGGUCUCUGGUAUCGCGAAGGCCUGCCAAAUGGCUGGAUGUGCUCUGCUUGGGGGUGAGACUGCGGAGAUGCCAGGCAUGUACGCCCGGGGCGAGUAUGACCUGGCCGGGUUUGCAGUAGGAGCGGUGGAGAGGGGCCACAUGCUGCCAUUACUGGACAGGAUCACAGAGGGAGAUCUGGUUAUCGGCGUGGCUUCCUCUGGAGUCCAUAGCAAUGGUUUCAGCCUGGUGAGGAAGAUUGUAGAGAAGUCGGGCCUGGGCUUCUCCUCUCCAGCCCCCUUUGGCUGUGGGACGCAGACUCUUGGAGAGAUUUUACUCACUCCAACUAAAAUCUACAGCAAAACCCUCUUACCCAUCCUUAAAUCGGGCCACGUGAAAGCCUACGCACACAUCACUGGGGGCGGACUGCUGGAGAACAUUCCCAGGAUUCUGCCUGCAGCCCUCGGGGUCACUUUAGAUGCUCUUUGCUGGAAGGUUCCAGGGAUAUUCUCCUGGCUGCAGAAGCAGGGAGGUCUAUCCGAGGAUGAGAUGAGUCGGACCUUUAACUGCGGGAUUGGUGCUAUAUUGGUGGUGGAGAGGAGACAGGCCGAGGAGGUUCUGAGGGAACUCCAGGCAGCGGAGGAUGUGUGGACUAUCGGAGAAGUGAUUUCCCACCCUGCGGAUUCUUGCAGUGUGAAAGUCAGAAAUCUGAUGGCAGCUCUGCAUGGGAUGAACAUACAGCCACAGAAAUAUGUACCCCUGUCAGGCUGUGAUGGAGCGGACCAGGUGACUGAAGGAAAAGCUAGAGUAGCUGUUCUGAUCUCUGGGACUGGUACCAAUAUGGAGGCAUUAAUGAGAAGCACUAAAUCUCCCAGCAGUGCUGCCCAGAUCACCCUGGUGAUCUCCAACAAGGCCGGAGUCGGAGGACUGCAGAAGGCAGAGGCAGCUGGUAUUCCAACUAAGGUCAUUGACCACAGACAGUACAGCAGCCGGGAAGAAUUUGACAACGCCAUCGAUAAGGUUCUGGAGGAAUUCUCUAUCCAAUUUGUGUGUCUGGCCGGCUUCAUGAGGAUUCUGUCAGGGCCAUUUGUCAGGAAGUGGAGCGGGAAGAUUCUUAAUGUCCACCCAUCGCUGCUGCCGUCAUUUAAAGGAGCCCAUGCACACAAGCUGGUUUUGGAAGCUGGAGUGAGAGUCACUGGAUGUACGGUCCAUUUUGUGGCUGAGGAAGUUGAUGCUGGGGCCAUUAUCUUUCAAGAAGCUGUUCCAGUGGAGUUUGGGGACACAGAAGAGACUUUGUCAGAAAGGGUUAAGAAGGCCGAGCAUCGAGCCUUUCCUGCUGCCUUGCAGCUUGUGGCCAGCGGGGCGGCACAGCUUGGAGUAGAUGGCAAAAUCUGCUGGGACAGGACUCCUGCCAACAACUAGAUUCCAACAGACUUAUUCAAAUGAAGGAAUGCAAAGUGCAG